AUGACGCGUUACACAUACUUUGUGGCGUUCUCAUCGCCGCCGUCGCGCGGGUUCAUGCCCCUCCGUCGCCCACGUGACCCGUCGCCGUCGCACACUUCCCCCCACCGCCAUAGCGCACUCCCCUCCCGACGCCUUCGCGCACUCCCCUCCCGACGCCUUCGCGCACACCCCUCAAAAGACGCCUUCGCGCACACCCCUCAAAGGAGGACAACCGGAAGCGCGUGCUACAGCUGCUGCUGUGCUCGUGCUACAGGUGUUUCCCACACUGUCCUCGGCUUUGCGUUCACCGGGGAGCUGCUUGGGGCGCUGUGGCCGGAUGGCGGCAGGCAGAGUCGCGCAACAGAGGCCUACGUGGUGCUGCAGGGAUCCCUUCCCCCUGUCCACCCAACCCCACUUCCACCCUCCAUCACUCCCUCCCUUCCUGCAUUCCCCCCUUCCGCCCUCCCUCACAUCCUUCAUCACUCCCUCCCUUCUUGCUUCCGCCCGCCCGCGCUCACUCUCUUCCCAUUGCCCGCCCUCCUUCCCUCCCGUCAACCACGCUACGUCCCCUUCGUCGCUGAUGUGCACUCCCCUUGA